AUGGAGAAAUUCCAGAAAUAUAGGCAUCCAUACUUCAGUUGUGUGAGUUCUGACCCAUUAGCACCAUCAAAAUGGGUGGAAGGAGUUAAAAAGGCAGUGGCAGUGUUAGGUUGCAGUGAUGAGCUAAAGAUUAUGUGUGCUACCUAUCAACUGCAGAAUGAAGCUCAUUCUUGGUGGAAGGAUACCAGACCCAUACUGUUAGCCACACAUCCACAUCCCACUUGGGAUCAGUUUGUAGAGGCAUUUUAUGGGAACUAUUUCCCUAUCAGUGUGAGAGACAGGAAUGAGUCAGAAUUUAUGGCUUUGGUUCAAGGACCUAAGUCAGUGUUGGAGUAUCAACAACAAUUUGAGGAUUUAUAUUAUUUUGCCCCAGAACAUAUGAAGAAUGAAAGUGCAAAGGUAAAGAAAUUUGAGAAGGGUAUUGGAGCUAUGUUAGUAGCACAUCGGCUCCAGAACUAUGCUGAUGUGGUUUAG